GCAUGCCAUCCUGCAACAUCUUGACUGCCCAGGGACCUAACCUGCCCAUGAGAGCUCUGUGCCAGAGCUGAGCAGUGAGACUGAAGGAGAGAGAGAGAGCGGGGGGAUGCGCUCGCGCUCGUGCUCGUGCUGAAUCCCAUUCACGCCUGAGAUUCUCCACCGGUUACUGAGCGCUAAUGAACAGAGAUGUUCAGAAGCAGAAGCGAGGCUAGCUUUCUUCCUGACACAAAUCACCAGGGUGGGAGCCGCAGCCUCGGUUGUAUUUUUCUCUGCCAACGUCGCUGGCCACAGCAGAGGAUAAGGGGGGUGGUCUGACUCCCCACACACACUUACAAGGGAUUUCAAAGGUCUAAACGUAAAGCACUGGCGUGGUGUUGUGACUAGCUGUGGGCUACUGUGGCUUUCCUGGAUGUGCAGCCUGCUCGGUGCUCCCAGAAACCCCGAGAGGAAAACGCUCACCGGGCUCCACGGAACAAAGCUGAAGGAGAAGAAGCUUUGUGUGGACGCACCGUGACAGAAGGCAGCACGAAGAUAAGUGGCAUUAAUGGUCCUUUCACUGGACGUAGGCCAACUGAGCUGCUCUAAUAAAUUGUCAACAAUGUAACUUCUUGAUGAUGAGAAUACAUGGACGUGAAGGAGUUAUCGGCUGCUGUAUCUGAAGAAGCCAGCAGUGACUGACUCUAAUCUGAAUGGAUGUGUGUGAGACAAGGGAUACGUUUUAUUGUGUUGUUUUUGUGCUUCAUUGAUGGAUUCACCCGGUAGCACAGCCGUGCAUGGCAGAAGUGGCAGCAGCUACACAGGUGCCAGCUCUGGGCCAAGCCUCACCAACCAGCUGGGCACAGCCUCACCUGUUGUGCCAAGGGUUGUUUCCAUGGUCACCAGCCUAGUGACCACCACCACGGAGGCCACAGUGGGAGCCAUAGGGAACCUAUCUGCAUUUAGAGACCAAAGAGGGAGUGAGCUCAGUCAAAGCCAUCAAGCAUCGAGCCCAUCUGUACUUAGUGCUGCUGAUAGUAACUCUGUCCUGCAUGGCAUCACCGUGGCAGCUAAGGCCCUGGUACUUCUCUCCAUCUUCCUCCUCUCAAGCCUUGGUAACUUGGCAGUUGUCAUUGUCAUCAUUAAACACAGACAGCUUCGAACGGUGACCAAUGCUUUCAUCAUGUCGCUGUCGCUGUCUGACUUCCUCACAGCUAUCCUAUGUCUGCCGUUCUCCUUCAUAAUGCUUUUUAGUAAGGACGGUAUCUGGAUGUUCGGGGAUCCUUUCUGUGUGGCCAAUGGCUUUUUCAACACCUGCUUUGGUAUAAUCUCCACGCUGACUAUGACUUUGAUCUCCUUUGACAGGUACUAUGCCAUAGUCAGACAGCCACAGGCUAAAAUAGGGCGACAGGAAGCUACUCAGUUGUUGAUAGCUGUAUGGAUAACUGCAGUUAUUUUCUCUUUACCGUGGUAUUUGCUCAUCCGAACACCUACUGAAAUCCAUAAGCGAGGUUUCUACCACUGUAUGUAUGUGUUCCACUCUGGGACCUCGCACAUGGGGACGGCUUAUAGCAUCUGCCUUAUUGUUGUAUGUUAUUUAUUGCCCUUUUCCCUCAUGUGCUUUUGUCAUUAUAACAUCUGUAAGACAGUACGGCUCUCUGAAAUCCGAGUCAGGCCAGUGACCACAUAUGCAUACUUGCUGCGAUUUUACAGUGAAAUGCGAACUGCCACCACAGUUCUGAUUAUGAUUGUUUUCAUUAUUUUUUGUUGGGGGCCGUACUGUUUAAUGGGAUUGGUUACAGCAGUGGGAGACUAUGCGUUCAACCCUGCAAUGGACACAGCAGCUAUCUGGCUAGCAUGGGCAAACGGAGCCAUCAACCCUCUGAUUUAUGCCCUGAGGAAUCCCAAUAUAUCUAUGUUAUUGGGGCGAAGUAGAGAGGAGGGUUAUCGGACCAGAAAUAUUGCUGCGUACCUGUCCAGUCAAACACAGAACCGUGAGAUUCGACUUAACCAAGCAGACAGGAUAAGGGACCACUAUGUGAGUCGCGCAGGGGUGAAUCAUAACAGUCGGCUGUCAAAUUCAAGCCCAGGAAAAGGAGGAGGUGGAGGAGAGGUGGCAAUGUGGGCCUGUAAAAACCCUGCUGUGUUCUUCUGCAGGGAUGCGCAGCCUGACACUACAACACUACCCAGCUCUAUCAGUGCUCCAAAGAUGAAGACAGCUGACACCAGCCUAUGACAUUCUGCAAGAACUGUUUACCCCUAUAAUGAAUGUUUACAUCUUAUAAGUACUAGUUGUUAUGGAUCUGGAGAUGGCUAUCACCGUUUUGUGACAGUUUAGAAAUAAGUAGAUAUUUAGAUCUUUUCAGAUCACAGAAUCUAAAAAAUGAUCCCGAAGGGCCUCUGGAUUCUCUUCCAAGUGGAUGCCAAGCAUUUUUGUAGGGGGGCAUGAAAGUUUGUGCUUGUGCUGCAAAGGUUUUCAUGUCAAAUAUCAUUUCAUGUGUAAAUGCAGCAUGUGGAUAAAGGAUCUUGCAUUUACUUAAUCCUAAACCUUCCAUGCAUCCUGUACAUGUACCUUUCAGACUGUAUUUACCAGAAAACUGACAUUUUUAAAAGUGUUUAUAAAAACCUAAAAUUAGUUUCCUAACAAGCAACAUCUUGCUGUCAUGUGAGUCAUGACUGGAAUGUCCUUUGUCAGAAACAAUGACAAACUAGAUGGAACCUCUGAGGACUGGCCAGCUUGUGAUGUUAACACAGUUUACUCAAGACACAUUUGUACUAUUGACUCCUGUUUGAUAAUUGUACAUUAUAUAUUAUAGUUUAUACUCUGACAGAGCACGGUUGUAAUAAAGUGGAUGGUGCAAUGUGUGUAUGCUAGAGGGUGGAUACCCCAACCGAGCCCAACAGGACCCACCAGUAUCCGAGGAUUUGGGUCGGGUUUGAACAGAAAUUUAUAAAUGAUGGUUGGGUUUGGCCAUGCAGGUCAAACUUUAGGCUAAACAGGUAUAAUUUCACUUGUAAAUUAAGCUGGGCUUUCUCUUUAGUGUAAGUUAAUUUAAAGUGCUAGGCCGAUUAAAAAUUAAAAUGAUGAGCUGGAUAAGGGCAUGAUGAUGCUAUCCAUGAUCACUAGUUGGGGAAGCAAGUGCUGCCAAGUCUUUGGCCCUGUGAAUAGAUCCAUUGUGCUAAUCUCACAGAAAAGAACUGAUUUCACUCGUAGGUUUUGAUGUGUUAAAUGCUGGUGUAACCAGGGCAGCAUGGUUGAUUGUGUGUUGGAUUAAGUGUCUUUCAGCGCUGGAGGGACU